GAUCAUUUCUCAUGUUACAUAGCCAUACCAGACUAAUAAGUGAACGCCUCUUUAUGAUAAAAGCGAAGUAGCGGAGAUAUUUUCAACGCCCUGGCGUGUUGCGAGAAGAUCAUUUAACUUGGAACAUCAACAGAACUCUAGGUGGCGGCUUGAAUCCGCAACGAUUUGGAAGAAAAUGGAGACCGAGAGGCUUUUUUACAUCUCCGUGCUUCUGUGUUUAUUUUGCAUCUGCCAGGUGCACGGACAGGACGAAGAUCCUUGUAAGGGUGUGGUCUGUCCAAGGGGGCGAAUGUGUGUGUCCUCCACGGACAGCGGUGAAAGCUACACUACUUGCGAGUGUCCAGAAGAAUGUUCAUCAGACUCUGAACCGGUUUGUAGCUUUUAUCAUAGAGAGUUCAACAACCGAUGCGAAAUGCACAGGUACGCAUGCGCACACGACCUGACAAUGAAAGUAAUGAACCGAGGAAAGUGUCCGACAGAGAAUCAGUAUGCCUGUUCAGAACAGUUUCUGCUUCAGUUCCCGACUCGCUACCUAGAAUGGAUCACAAUCGCACGAGAACAUUCCAUAGACCCCACCACCUCGUUGGACUUCAAUGCACGAGCCGACGGGCUCACUGAAGACGAACGUAAAGAAAUUUUGUCGUGGGAAUUUGAGUACAUUGACCGGGACAAAAAUAACGUUCUGGAUACAGCGGAAAUUCAAGAUGUAUUUUCUGACGUUCUUGAUUUCGAGCCAUGUCUCUAUGGCUUUCUCAAGUCGUGUGAUCUAAACGAGAAAGAGGGAAUUGAUAAGCGCGAAUGGGAUUUCUGCUUUCCAAACACAGGUACUGCUUUCGAGACCAGGAAAUGAAAAGGCUUCAACUCACGAUUUGGAAAAUACAUUAUUGUACAAUUUGUUUGACUGGGAGAUUGCUGAAUUUUCUCAUAAUGUUACGUUAAGGCUGGAAGAGCCAAAUUUGUUGAACGUUUCAGUUUGUGUUUCGUGCUUGUCACGAACGCUAUUAGAUGUUUAGUUAGUUCAUGUAGGUCACGGAAUAAACACAGGCAGACGGGCACAAAAAGCAGAUAUGUUCACUCCUUCCCGUCCCUACUUUUCUAUGCCUCUGACCAUUAGAAAUUACUAAAUAAACGAGAGACUACAA